UUGACACAGCAUUUUCAGCCUGGAGCGAAUGAGUACGCACAGGAAAGCUCUGCAUUGACAGGAUUAUAGUCAGCGAAAGGAGGCAGUGGAAACAACAGGGAUGAAAGAAUGAAGAAAGGAUGAAGAAGUAACUAAAAGGAGAAACUAAAAGAGAGGAAGAAUGAAGAGAGGAGAAGGAAUCACAGACCACAUACUAACACUAAGGAUGUGGGACCUUUGCUCUGGACAGUGAAAGUUAGACUUUGAGAAGUGAAGAACAAGGAACUCCAAUUCCAACCAAGUGACAGAAAACGACAACUAACUUGCAGGUGGUCUUCUUAGCGGCCCAAGCAUCUCCAUGGCGGAGACCUGAUCUUUGGGAGCAGGACAGAGUCUGGCCUCCCAUCCAGGCCCCAUACCCGAAAUCCUUGGCGUCAUGGGAACAAGUAGGUCCAACAGGUAUGACAUUGUGUCAGGUGUUUUACCAGAAGAGGAACGCCAGAAGAUCUCUAGCUUAGUACUCCCUAACGGCCACAAUUCCCCCAACUUCCGACUGCCCUCGGCCUGCGACGCAGAGACGGAAGACAGCAGGAGGAGCUCGGGAGCCUCUGCUGCCGUGCCCAACGCGAGGGGACAAAGAAUGAUGAACAACUACAACGGCAAGAUUCUGACAAGGAGCUCCAACCAAAUACGGAGCCGCUUUGUAAAGAAAAAUGGACAAUGUAACGUUGUGUUCACCAACAUGGAGGAAAAAAGGCAGCGCUACCUCGCUGACAUCUUCACCACCUGCGUGGACACCCGCUGGAGAUACCUGCUGCUUCUAUUCUGCGCCAGCUUCCUGGUCUCGUGGCUUUUCUUUGGCAUUAUCUUUUACAGUGUCUCCCUGGUACAUGGGGACUUUGAGGAGCAACCGACGGUGAAGGCUGAUGGGCUGGCGGUGGCGGGGCUGCAUGGACCCACCUCUGGACACACGUCUGGAGAGCAGACACAAAGACUGCCCUGCAUACUUCAUGUCCGUGGCUUCGUUGGGGCGCUCCUGUUCUCCAUGGAGACCCAGACCACCAUUGGUUAUGGCUGGCGCUGCGUUACCGAGGAGUGCCCUGUCACUGUGAUAACAGUGGUCAUCCAGUCCAUCGUGGGCUGCAUCAUUGACUCGUUCAUGAUCGGCACCAUCAUGGCCAAGAUGGCCCGGCCAAAGAAGAGGAAUCAGACCCUGUUGUUCUCUAAAAAUGCUGUCAUCGCCCUGCGCGAUGGCAAGCUGUGCCUCAUGUGGAGGGUGGGCAACCUGCGGAAGAGCCACAUCGUGGAGGCUCAUGUCCGUGCACAGCUCAUACGUUCGUAUGUCACAGCUGAGGGGGAGUUCAUCCCCUUGGAGCAGAUGGACCUCAAUGUGGGCUACGAUGAGGGCACAGAUAGGCUGUUUCUAGUAUCCCCGCUCGUUAUAAUCCAUGAGAUAGAUAAAGAUAGUCCCUUGUAUACUUUAAGCAGAGCUGAUCUGGAGACGGAUGACUUUGAGAUUGUCGUGAUCUUGGAGGGGAUGGUGGAGGCCACGGCCAUGACCACCCAGUUCCGUAGCUCCUACCUUGCCAGAGAGGUCUUCUGGGGUUACAGGUUCGAGCCUGUGAUCUAUGAGGACCGGGACUGCUACAAGGUAGACUACUCUCGCUUCCAUAAGAUCUGUGAGGUGCCGUCGAUGCCCCUCCUCAGCGCCAAAGAGCUUGACGAGGCCGCGAGCCGGGCCUCUUCUGCUGCUUCUGCCGCUUCUCCGGUCUCUGCAUGUAGAUCCACACAAGACUUGAUUCCCAGGUCGCUGAGCGCCUUUUGUUACGAGAACGAGUUGGCGUUGAGCUGUGGGGAGGACGAGGAUGACAUCUUCGACUCCCAGAUUGGGAAGGAGAGGGCAGAGGAGAGGAGGACUUCUGUAGAUUUCCCAAAUAUGUUCCAGGACGAUGCGACUAUGACAUCAGGCAGUCACAGCGUCAUGUGUGUUCUAGACAUGGACAAUAACCAGAUGGAGUUUGACAUCUUACAGACUGCCAUCCCUCUUGAUCCAGUGACCUAUAAGAAUGAGCAAGAGACCUAAAGAUUUUUUUUUUUUUUUUUUACCAAACCCAAAUCCUUUCAACCCGAAGAGGGAUUGCCUGGUGAUGUGUUCAAUUUUGGAUUGCAUGUACAGAAAUGUAACCCCCUUUUGCCUUGCCAGUGAUGUUUUUACGUAUAAUUGUUUUUUGUCUUCUUCUCAUUGAGAUUAGAAAUUACGAAACAGAUUACACAUUCCUAAAUAACUUGGCACACCGAGUACGCUCCGACUGAUUCUACUGAGGACACAGAACCUCUGACAACGCGCUGACGGGACUUAUUAGGAUUUCAUAACCAAAGGAAUGCACAUGUUUCAAAAUGAACGUACAUGUUGCAUAGUUAAAAAAUUUACUUUAUUUUAUUAUUUCACUUGUUCUGUGAAUGUAAACAAGAUAUUUUAUGAAAAUAAUCACAGUUUUUAUGUAAUUGUCUUCCUUUUUCGAAGAUAACCAAGCUAAAUUUUUAAGAUGCACUGUUUUAUCAAAAAGUGGUCAAUUUGUGCUUGAUAAUCUCCAUGUUGUUCAUGGGUUUCAAUGGGCAUUAUAUCUGCAAUACUUCCCUGCUAAUUCAGCUAUUUGCAUAUUUGUGAAACUGCCUGUUUUGUUAAAUCCUUUCCUGUAAAUCUAGAAAAAAACAUAUUUAUGUAAAUUAUAAGUUAGUUAUAAACUACUGUUGUGGUUUUUGCUGUGCAGUACUCCCAGGAGCAUCCCAAGUGCAAUCACGAAGUGUAUAGCAGAACAAGUAUUAUUUCUGAAUUUGAUUAAGACUCCUAAGCACAAUAACUUCUAAAAAAUGUCUUGAUUUAUUGUGAUUUAGGAAAACAGCACUGCAUUUUAAAUCUUAUGUUAAAAACAUAUUUUUUUUCUGAAAACAAAUCUGAGUUUAAAGAGGAUCUAAUGAAAACUGAACAGAAUUUAACUUAGGAGUAAACAAGACUUUUAUUACUGUAGAUCAACCUGGGGUACAUGUACAGUUUUCAGGGGGUACAUGGAAAUAUUUUAGAGUAGCUCUGCUCAACUAAUAAAAAAUAACAAAAAAAAUAUGAAAUUAGGAUUUGAUUGGAAGAAUAUAUCCAUAUAUUACCAUGAAGUCGACUGUAACACCUGAACACCAUGUUGCAGUUAUAUAAGUAUGUAAAAGUAAGAGAAUAAGCACGUUUUAAACAGGUAGCUAAAAGUAAUGAAUAAUAAAGAACUAGUUAAAAGUAAUGAAUAAUAAAGAACUAGCUAAAAGUAAUGAAUAAUAAAGAACUAGUUAAAAGUAAUGAAUAAUAAAGAACUAGUUAAAAGUAAUGACUAAACAGUUCGAAUGGUAAGCAAAGUGAUACAGCAACGGUUAAAAUAGCUCAAAUUGAAAUAGUUAGCUAAAGGUAAUGGAUCACUAUAAGAAGUAGUAGCCUAGAAGGCUUGUAGUAGUGUGAUUACUGACCAAACCAACCUUAAUGCUGACAGUUUAAUUCUAUGAAAUAAUGAACAAUAUCCACUUUUAUAUAAUGAGUAGUGUUAAACAUUUGGAACACAUUGUGAAUUGUAGACGGGGUAUGCAAGUUCAUCUGACAGGGCUGUGGGGGGGGGGACCCUGCACGAAAAAGGUUUGGAACCACCGCUGUAGAUUAUAGGUAGGCUAUUUAAAAAAAGUCUAACUAAUAUUACUCUAUUAGUGUUAUUAAUAUAAAGCAAAGUAGACCUUUUGUUUACUUUAUGGAUUUUUUCCUUGGUUUGUUUCUUGCGGAGGCUGCAGCCGGUGAUAGCAGAAACUAUAUUGGUGGCUUUGAUUCAUGUUUGUGCUGUUGUUGCUCGCCAAAGGUUCUGGAGUAGGAAAGUAAAACACAGAGCGCCUCUGAUUUAUCAUUUGGAAACUGGGGCGCAUGCAGCCUAAGUUAGUCUUGGAUAGAAAGGCGUGAAGCCACUGUAAAACACAACAGGAAACAAAGAGAUGAAGGCUGAGGAGUACAGGCCAGGGUCUGGAAAUGUGCAAUAAGUCACUGGGACGGUAGAGAUAAAGUCAAGUGUAACUGCAUGGCAGGUUAAUAGCAGUGAAGUAAGUUGUUAAAAUGAUUGUAAAAUCCUUUUUUCCUAUACAAGAAGACCCACAUGAUACCUGCAAAUUAAACUUAAUUUAAUCAAAUGUG